AUGAAGCAAAUCCCCUACUUCUUCCUGAUUCUGCCGACUGCUGCUGGUAAGACUACCCUAUUCCUCCUAGGGGCUAGUCUCUUCCCUGAUCGGGUGACUAUAUUAGUUAUCCCGCUGAUAUCUCUGAAACUUGAUCUCCACGAUAAGGCUAAGGCCUUAGGGCUACAGCCUACUGUGUGGGAACCCUAUAUGGGCUAUCGAGAGCUUCCUCCCCAGGGUAGGAUGAUCCUGGUUCAAAUCGAGCAUGUGGUUCAUCCGAAGUUCUAUGAGAUGGCUGAGCACCUGAUUAGCCUGAAGCGAUUAUCCCGUGUGAUAUGGGAUGAAUGUCACCUGAUUCCGCUUAGCCAGAGCUAUCGGCUAAUCAUGAGGCGUGCCUGGCAUGCCCUAGCCCUGAGCGCCCCAAUGGUCUUUGCCUCUGCCACCUUACUAUCUCAUCUCCAAAAGGAGCUUAUAGAUAUGCUUCAGCUGCCUGAGCGCCUUUGUAAGACCUAUAGGGCUGGCACUACCUUAAAGCAUAUAGCCUACCGGGUUCAAUCGCUGCCUAAAAGGCUUUGUCAGCCUGACUAUCCUGGCUAUCUAAUGCAGUUCAUCAAGCAAUUCGAGAGCUCCUAUAAGCCCUUCGGGCAGCGGGAUAGGGCUCGGGUAAUUAUCUUCUGCCGCAGUAAGGCCCUGGUUGAUAGCCUAUUCAAGGCCUAG